UGAUCCGUACGGUUAUUGUCAACUCAGCCGUACGCCGGAACAGUCGAGACUUUGUCGGGGCUCCUCGAGUUUGAAUAUACAGAGUAGAGAGAAGAAAAAAGUAGUAAAAAUAAGCACACCGUUUAACAACUGCGACUGUGUGCUCUCUGUAAUAGUAGAGGAAAGCGCUGCGUUUGUACUUAAGUAACAUUUUCUUUCGGAGUCAGUCCGGGCGAUUCCCAAAUCGGUGUGAAUUUUCGACAAUUCGCGACGCGUCCAGUGAAGUGUACCCCAGUGGGAUUGGAAUUUUCGCGGAUCGGCCACGUUUUGGCGCUGGUGGCUCGAUAGUAAGAACUCGAUUAGUGCUUGAUUGAAGGAAUUUUCGAACCAGAUUGUCGAGGGAGAGUCGUCGUCAGGCCGCUACUAGCCAUAGAACCGAGUAGUCGUGGUCGUCGUCGAGACGUGUGCAAGGGGCUGCCAAACCUCCGAAGAGAAUAGCCUACGGUAACAGUGUAAAGAGUGCGGAGACCGAGAGUUGAAGCACAUCGCAAAGAAAGGAGUCACGAGUAGAGUGCGGUACAAGAGUGUGACCCAUCAUCGGCUAAGAAGUGUGUUUGUGGAGGCGCUUCCCCACGAUCGCGAGUGUUAGUGGCCAAUUUCUUACCGGGAGGAGGAAAAUUUUUGUUUUUCGAAUUUUGUUCGAUUUGAUUUUCGGAAGUUUGGAGGAAAGAAUCAUUGAUCGUGACCGUGGUGGUGUGCGAAGCAAGUGAAGAGCAAUUCUGAAGCGCGUUGUGGAUUAGGAAGAUACAGGAAAGCGAAACAAGUUGAUUCAUAUAAAAUUCCUAUACAUACACUAGUACAAAGAGAGUGUAAGAAUAGUGUUUUUUUUCGAACGCCGCAGUGGAUUAUUAUUGACGAACGCAGUACACCGAGGGAUGGAGAGGCAUCACUGAGUUACGCAUAUAGAACAAGUGUAAAAGAGUGAUUGUUGGAAGGAUAAUAGUACAAAAAGAGCGAGAAGAAGUGAGUUGCUUGAGAGAAGAUUGGGAACCACGCUUGACCUGUUGCAAAAUCAGAAAUCAUGAUGAACGCCUACAGCAAUAGUGUUAAUCAGGAAAACACCAUCCAGUCGACACAGAGUAUUGCCGACUAUUUGGCACAGCUACUUAAAGAUCGGAAACAGUUGGCAGCCUUCCCCAAUGUGUUCAACCAUGUAGAGCGUUUGCUUGACGAGGAGAUAUCCAAGGUCCGGGCAUCGCUCUUCCAGAUCAAUGGUGUCACGAAAGAGCCACUGCAGCUUCCAGAACCGGAGGGUGAAGCGAUUACUUUGAACGAGAAAGUAUACGUACCGGUGAAGGAGCAUCCAGACUUUAACUUUGUUGGAAGAAUUCUCGGGCCCCGCGGUAUGACUGCCAAGCAGCUGGAGCAGGAAACGGGAUGCAAGAUAAUGGUUCGGGGGAAAGGCUCGAUGCGAGAUAAGAAGAAAGAGGAAGCCAAUCGGGGUAAACCGAACUGGGAACAUCUGUCCGACGAUCUGCACGUGCUGAUUACCGUUGAAGAUACCGAGAACCGAGCAUCGAUCAAGAUCAAGCGUGCACUGGACGAGGUCAAGAAACUGCUGGUUCCCCAUGCUGAAGGCGAAGACGAACUCAAGAAACGACAGCUCAUGGAACUGGCCAUCAUCAACGGAACUUAUCGGGACUCGAGCACGAAAGCACCUCCAGCGGAGAUCACCUUCGAAUCGGUCUACGAUGGAUGGAAGCAAUUGGGCGCCGAGCAGCGAUUAAUUAACCCUAACGCCAUCGCAGGCCUUACGCAGAAUCAACUUGCUGCGGCCGCACGAACAGCUGCCAAUCCACUCGGUGCUCCACUGAUCCUGUCGCCAAGAAUCUCAGUGCCAACGACCGGUGCCAGUCUCAUGACCGGUUCGGCACCACCCACCAUCGAUCACACCACCGGACUGAUAUACGCAACUGCACCGUAUGCCGACUACGCCAGCUAUGCAGCCCUGGCCGCCGGGAACCCACUGCUUGCGGAGUACGCCGAUCACAGUGUAGGUGCAAUCAAAACUCAAAGAAGGCAAUUCGCGCCUAGAGAUCAUCCUUACUAAAACCGGGCAAAGGGGCAAUAAUCAGCAAACACGCAUAAAACCACCACACAUAAUUUAUAUAUAUACUUCUAUUAUAUAUAACUCUAUUUUUUAAUAACUUUUUUUUUUUUGUUUUUAAUCAUUGUUAAUUCUGAAAUAGAUAUAAAUCAAAUCUGCACUCACAUCUAAUAAUAAUCUAGAAGAUCUUACAUCUCAAAAAUAACUCUACUGAAUAGAAAAAAUGCGUUCUAGAACUCUAUAUUAAAACCAAUUGUCAAUAACGAAUCUAAAACAAAACUAUUCAAUCGCAUUAUUAAAACAAAUCACAUUUCGGAGAAAGUACAGAAAAAAAGAAUGCAAUGCAACCUGACAGGAACAACAGAUCAAUCGACAACAAGUAACCACCAAUCAAUCACCUUCCACUCCACCCCAAUGUUAUACAGUUUCGUUUAACAUUCAUUCUUCCUCCCUCACCACCACAAUCUCUCACUCUCCCCCGUCUGUUUCUGUUACAAUUCUAAGGAAGCAUCUUCCGUCUCGUCGUCCACUUUGGAUCGGAUCCGUCGAUCGCGCCUCAAUAACCAGUUGUCCCGAAGAUUCGAUGACUAACACAUUCAUGCCACACUGUUGUACUGUUACUGCGCUGUAUCCUUUCGAAUCCUUUGUUUGCAUUGAAAUCGAACCAUUGUUGAUUGCCAAUAUGUUUAUUAAAGAAUGAUUUUCCCAUACAAACAAACUUCAUUUGAUGUCCUUUUUCCUGUUAAACCAAAUCACUUAUGCUUCCCAAUUGAAUUAAGUGUAUAGUUGUACUACGAAUGACGGUGACAAGACGCUUUCUGAAACGGACCCACAAUUUUACGGUAGGGUUGCAUGCGAAUGGACAGUCCACAGUAAUAGCGGUGACAAAAUCGAUUGAUGAUGAUCUCGGAUUCAACUGUUGGUGGAAAUAUUAAUAGUUAAGUUGCGUAAUCUUGAGCCUCCAAAAUAUCCUGGAACAAUUUUUGGAGAAUUGUCUAGUAUUCGUAUACUUCAAACUAUCGAAAUCAACGAAGCAUUUUCAAUAGUUUCCAAAGAAAAGUUAAGCUCGACCACAAUUGCAGUUCGAAAAUGGGAUAGAAAUUCGAAAUUAACAAAGAUUUGAAGUCUCUGUUUCAAAAUAUAUAGAAUUUACAACCAAGGACAUCAAUAAUCUGCAUUUUGGAGUUCGAAUCUGAUUUCAUCCAAAGUUUUUAUUACGAUUUCAUAGACCGUUUUUUGUUUGACGUCAAUUCAUAAGAUUAUGACGAAAUGACUCGAAAAAUGACUUGGAAUAUCUAUUUAAUUCAAAUAAAGCAGUAAAGCUACGUCCAAGGUGUAAAUCAAUCUCGUGCUUUUAAACGCUUGUUUGGAAUGUUUACAUAUGAACUUCAGGCGAUAGUGAAGAGUUCUAUUGAACCACCUAACCGUUCAACUACAAUAGCUUGGAAUAAUUUCUGCAGAAUUUGCUAUAGUAUUCUUAUGCAUCGAAUCAUCAGGAAGAACUGUUUUCAAAAUUUUAAAGAGAAAUCAGGCAUUAGAACCUUUUGUGUAAAAUAUGGAAUUGAGUUUUGCAAUUAAAAAAGAUUCGAAGCUUAGUUAUGUGCAGAUUCUAAAACCAAGAAUAUUAUUUUUCUGAAACAAGAGUUGUUUGGAUUUUAGAACUGAUUUCCUCCAAAUUAUAAAGCAGAAUCUGAACACGAACUUGGUGCAAUUAAAAUCCAACCAAUGACGCAAGAUUUUUUCAACGUGUGUGAAGAGAUAAAUGUUUCGACAUAUUUUGAAUGGUUUUAUAAAGCGUUUCUAAGCGUUUCAGUUUUCAGUGAAAUAUUCAAGAUUUUAAUUGAGUUGAGAAAUUCAAGCACUUCUCUCAAAAUCUCAAACCGAUAUUCUGGACUAUCCUUAGAUUAUUGAAGAUGCUUGGAAAAACUUGACAAAUGUUAUAUGAUUUUUUAUAGAUUUUGGAUAUUAUUUCGAAAUUUACACAAAUGAGAAGAAGAGACAUAUUUUGAGUAAUUUAUUUGAGGAAGUGAAAUUUAGAAAGUUAAUUGUCGUAAAGACUAUAAAACUAACUGAGAGAUCAUAAAAGUAAAUUGUAACUUGCAGAGAGACUUCAAAACUCUUACAGACAAUUGUUACGGACCGGAAAAUUGUAAUUUCUAAAGGACCUUUCCAAACAGGCAAAGCACUUUUUCGAAUUCAGUGAAGCAUCGUUUGUUCAAUAUUGAGCUUUUAGUUAUUCAUAUAUGAAAUUUUUUUUCACAUCAUCAACCGAGUCCUUUAUCAAUCGAUUUCCCACCGCUCUUCGACCCCCCCAAAAAACCCGCCUAUCGACUUCUACCCCUGUGUUGACACAACCUACAGAAACCACCCGACCAUCCAAGUCUGCCUUGGGAGCAGAGUAGUAGUAGUGAAUGAGAGAUGCAUUAUUCGUUAUGACUUUUUCGUAUUAACUUGGUGCCAUGGUAGUCUCGAAAUAUUUACAAAUAAAUACUUCUCUACUAGAUUGAAACAAAACAAAAAAGCAGAAAUAAUCAAAUGAGAGCAAAGCUUUUGUUCGUGUCUUCUCAAAACUUAUACAUAGAUUAUAUUAACACAAGCGUGACAAAACGAAAAUUGAACGUGAGAGCGAACGAGAGCGCGAUAGUGAUGAAAUUAUGCCUUUUGACGAGUAUUCGUUUUUUUAUUUAACACGAAAACCCAACACCCACAUGCGUACAUACUUAUGUGCAAAAACACACACACAAAUACACAGCUAGGAUGUAAGGAUUUUUAAGGGACACUCCCUUGAGCACUGGUAGAAAAAACAUUACAGUCAAAAUUCGACAGUCAAGUGUGCUAACGCCGUUUUUUCCUUUGUGAGGGCAAAACAAGCAAAAACCUGAUUGAAAGCAAGCGAGAGAUUUUUACUUUUAAAAUAUUUAACAAAGAAACAAAUGUCUGUCUGUCAAAAGGAUGGAAUGCAGAAUCCUCGAUUCUUAUGCAAGAGAUAUAAUACAAAAAAGAAAUGCAAACGUCCCAGUGCCCCCACAAACCUCCCGUCCCUGAGUCGAGGAAGCUACGAAGCACCCGGGGCACGGGACAACGUCGGAAUAACACGUAAUCUCAGAAAUUAUUAAUAGUUAGAUGUGUUUUAACUGUGUAGACUUAACUUAUAGCAAAGUGUAUAGCGCGUUAAGUGAUGGAACAAAAACAAAAGCAAGUUAUUUUAUACUUUUUUAUCUGUACGAUAAAAUGCAAGUCUAUUUUAUUAACGUAUUAACAAAAGAAAACAAUUGCAAAUGAAAUUGCAAAUAAAACAAUAACGUAACUAGCAAACAGAAUGAAGCAGAGAA